UUGGAUUACCCUGGAGUUGGACCUGAGCAUAGCUUUCUGAAAGAGAAAGGCCGUGCUGAAUACUAUUGUGUCACUGAUGAGGAGGCACUAGAAGCAUUUAAGAGAGUAUCAAGACUAGAAGGCAUAAUCCCGGCUCUGGAGACAUCUCAUGCUUUGGCUUACCUUGAGAAGCUUUUCCCUACCCUCCCUGAUAAAACUAAGGUCGUACUGAACUGCAGCGGCCGAGGGGACAAGGAUGUUCAGACU